AUGGGUGACUGGUCCAUACUUGGUCGCUUCCUCUCUGAGGUCCAGAACCACUCUACAGUGAUAGGCAAGAUCUGGCUCACUAUGCUGCUCAUUUUCCGUAUCCUGCUGGUGGCCUUGGUGGGUGAUGCUGUCUACAGUGACGAGCAGUCAAAGUUCACCUGUAACACUCAGCAGCCCGGAUGCAGCAACGUCUGUUAUGAUACCUUUGCUCCUGUGUCAUAUCUAAGGUUCUGGGUCUUCCAAAUUGUGCUGGUCUCCACCCCAUCCAUCUUCUAUAUAGUUUUUGUUCUACAUAAGAUUGCCAAGGAUGAGAAGCUGGAUGGCCGAAGAGCACGGGUGGUGGCCCAGACUCCUCCCAUACAGAGAUGCGGCCACAUGGGAAAGGAUAACAUAGAAGCCCUGAGUGUUGGCAUGCCUACCUGCUGUCCUCAUUACAGGGAGGAAUGGGAUGUGAGGGAGAGGGAUGGAGUAGAGCAAAGUUUUCUGCAGGAGGAUUAUGGUGAAGUAAGAGAGGACCCCACCCAGCAGUCCAGCCAGGUUUUCCUCAUCUACAUCCUUCAUGUGUUACUACGAUCUGUCAUGGAGAUCACCUUCCUGGUGGGCCAGUACUUCUUGUUUGGGUUUGAGGUGCCUCACCUGUACCGCUGUGAGACCUACCCCUGUCCUACUCGUACAGACUGCUUUGUGUCACGUGCCAAUGAGAAAACCAUCUUCCUGAACUUCAUGUUCAGCAUCAGCCUGGGUUGCUUUGUGCUCAACAUCGCAGAGCUCCACUACCUGGGCUGGGUCUACAUUUUCCACAUCCUCUGCUCAGCCUGCUCAACCUGCUGCAGUCAGGAAAGGGACACUGUCAAACUGUACUCAAAUCACAACCCCCUCCUGCUGCAGCUUAGACAUUCUCUGAGGGGCCAGCUGGUUCUGCAGACCACCAUGGCCCCAGAGAAAACUGGAGGUCUGCUCACACAUGCCCCGACUAUCUCCUUUGAGACUAUCUCCUCCUCAACUGUGAAAUGCACCUCCAAGAGAAGUCCAGAGAGCAGAGACAAAGUGAAGGUCAAGCUUGCCAACAUGGCCAGGCUGGGACAGUCUAAGAAGUCUUGGCUAUGA